AUGGGAGCCACACGCAGCUCCAGAACAUUCCAUUCUGUUGGAACGCGUCCAUCUGGACCGUUGGCCGAGCUGUCACUCUGGCCCCUUCGGAGCUCCGUGCUUCUGUUCCCCGCUGCGGAGUCCACGCGGUGGCUCCGAGCUCCCAGGCCGGGGUCGAGAGCACGCGGCGCGCGUGGCCCGGGGGAGCCGGCGGGCGGGACGGCUCGGUACCAGGGCUCCAUGCGGGCCGGCCGGGCCCUGCACCCGCUCAGCCAGCGCGAGAAGCAGAAGCACAUGGGGGUCCUGAAGCAGCGCGUCGCCGAGGAGACCGUCAGCAAGGCCAAGGUGGGCCGGAAGGUCGCCCACUGCGACGCGGCGGACGCCGAGCUGAAGCGGAGCACCGUGGGGCUGCUGACCCCGAACGACAGGAAGGCGCGGCACGAGGCCCUGGUGCGCGCGCGCGAGAGGCAGCGGCCGCAGCGCGAACGGCGGGGGCGGCGGCGGCGCCGGAUCUGCGGCCUGUCCUUCCCGCCCGACGACGGCGACGAGGACCCCGAGGCGGGCGACCCCGAGGACAAGGACGCGGCCGUGGACACGCGCUUCCUGCCGGACCGCGAGCGCGCGGAGGAGGAGGUGACGUCCCGCUCCUAUCCACAGGGGCGGCGCCGCGCGGCAGCUGCUCAGCGAGGCCCGGAUGGCGCGGCGCCCCGCCUUCCGCGAGCUGCGCGGCUCCGGCCGCACGACCACACCUCCUACGACCGGAUGGUGGCGCAGGCGCGCGGCAACAGCGGGCCGCUCUUCGCCUUCGACGUGCACGACGACGUGCGGCUGCGCAGCGACGCCCCCCUGGAGGAGGGCGAGUCGCACGCGGGCGAGGCGGCGCUGCGCAGCCGGCGCGAGCAGAACCAGCGCCUCUUCCCCGCCCGCCGCUGGGAGCCCUACGACCCCGGGAAGCGCUGGGACGGCUGCACGGUCCGCUGACGCCAAGUUCGCGCCCCCGCCGGCGCGCUCCGGUGGCCUUGGCCUCUGCCCUGAAAUUCAGUAAAGACCGACCUGGGCUUGGCGCUGUGCGGAUGUGGUCCUUCUGGAGCUGGCGUUCUUCUCGGUCGUUGGGUGGGUUUCGGAGUGGUUCUAAGGUUGCCUGGCUCUGCUGGGCCGGUGGAAGCCUCGCCGGGCGCGCGGUGGACGGCAGUGAGGGUCAAGGCUGCUCUGACCCGGGUCACGGCGUUGUGGCCCGGAGUCGUGGGCGUGGACUUGGUCCCCAAGCCCCCAGACCGUCGGGGUUCCGGUCCCAGCCCGGCUUCUUACUUGCUGUGUGAUUGGAGGCAAACUGAUGGAAACUCCGUGCGUCAGUUCCCUCUCCUAUAAAUAGGGGUAACCAUAGCACUGGAGAUCAAAGCGAGGAUGAAAUGAGUCUGUAUUUGUAAAACACUUAGACCUCAAUA